UCCACGUGGGACUGCAGACCUGCAGCUCGGUCCCCCAGCUAUCGGGUUUACUUAAUUCCAAGACUCCUGCGUCUAUUUUUGAUCUCCCGUAAGGUGAUACGCCGCCCCGCCAUUCUCUCCCACAAUUUCCCGUUUACGUUUUUCCCCCAGUCUCCAAAGAAGGCCAAGAGGAGGGCAGCAGCCGGAGAUAGCGGCUCCUCCAACGUGUUCUCCAUGUUUGAGCAGAGCCAGAUUCAGGAGUACAAGGAGGUGAGGCACCGAGACUCCAUCCCGACGGGAGGCGGCUGUUUCUCCCCCACGAGUAUCACUGAAUCAGACGGGGAGGAUAGGGGUGGGGAGGGUGGGGGCCGGACUCUCCCUCCCCAGGCCUUCACAAUCAUUGACCAGAACAGAGACGGCAUCAUCAGCAAAGAUGACCUGAGGGAUGUGCUGGCCUCAAUGGGCCAACUGAACGUGAAGAACGAGGAGCUGGAGGCAAUGAUCAAGGAGGCCAGCGGCCCCAUCAACUUCACUGUCUUCCUCACCAUGUUUGGAGAGAAGCUGAAGGGUGCUGACCCCGAGGACGUUAUUCUUGCCGCCUUUAAAAUCCUGGACCCCGAGGGCACUGGAUCCAUCAAGAAGGAAUUCCUCCAGGAGCUCCUGACCACCCAGUGCGACAGGUUCUCCGCAGAAGAGAUUAAGAACAUGUGGGCCGCCUUCCCCCCAGAUGUUGCUGGCAACGUAGACUACAAAAACAUCUGCUACGUCAUCACACACGGAGAGGAGAAAGAGGAGUAA